AUGGCGACCGCCUCCGGAAACUCGACCCCGGCCCGAAAUGAGUUCUUCCAACAGCUCAAGCCAUGCUGUGUUUCGAUCAGCCAGUUGGCCAUCCGGCCUCCGGAGGGACCAUCAUCCUUUCAGCGCCUCACAGAACUGGCCACCGAACUUUUCUGCAUUCUCAAUGACCAAAUCAACAGAGAUUCCACAGUCAUGGACGAGAAACUCGCUGAUUACGUUUUCUUCCCGCUCUCCCAUAUAUUUAGAAAUCAGGACAAAUACCCCAAGCGCCUUGUGGAACUCUCAAUCAAGUGUUUGACCAUCAUCAUCAUCCACGGCUGGAAGUCAAACAUCUCGCCCGACAUCAUGCAACAACUUCUGAUCCUGCUCACUUUCGUCAUUGGAGGAGUUCCGGGCAGGGAAGAAAUACGCGAUCUUCCCGAGGAGACCGAGCUUGAAUCGUUGAGGGCUUUGACCGCCCUAAUCACGGUGACCGGGUCGUCCGUCAAGGCCGCGGCGGCCCUAACCGAAGAGAAAAUGGUGCCUACUCUUGGACAUACCAUCACUAUUCUUCUCGACUGCGUUAAUAACGGAAGGACGUCGGCGAUUCAGCUCGAAGCCCUCCGAACCCUCAGCUGCUUCUACACCGGUAUCAGGGACCAUGCUGCUCUAGCUUCGUUCCUUCCCGGCGUUGUCUCCUCGUUGACAAAACUUCUUGCCAAGCCCCAGAGAGAAAAGACUCGUGCCCUCGUGGCGUCAGUUCAAUGCUUGAAACUGGUUCUAAUACAGGUUCUAGGCGAUGUCAAGACUCGAAGCAUAGUCGCCAAACCGAACCCUCAGGAACAGUCCCAGGCGGAGAAAGCACAGAUAUUGAGCUCAUCGUGGCUCAAUGCAACCGCUUCUCAAGUCAAGCUGGCCAUGGCAACUGUAUUAAAGCUACGCAAUCACGACUCCGAGGAUGUACACGAGGCACUACUAGCAUUGUCACUCGGCCUUCUUGACGAGUGUCAUACCUCGCUAGAAAAUUGCGCUUCAAUUCUUGUUGAAACAGCAAUGGUUCUAUCUCCAGCCGACCAAGUCCAGUCACUUUUGGCAACGAGUUUACAUGACCUGGCAAUCUUGUACCCUGAGAUCGGAGAAAUUGUCAAGGUCACAUGCUACAAUUGGAUCACAAGCUUUCCUAGGAUCAUGCAAUCCGCUGACGAGUUGAACAAACAAGCUGCCAUCCAGAAUUUAAGAAAGGGAAUGUCCAUGGUGAGCAGCCUUCAGCUGGAUUCGUCGCUUCUUGAUGAGUCCAUCGCCGCGGCCCUGAGAGAUAGCGUAACCUCUCUCGUGAGCGAUACCAAACAAGGCAAAGUUAUGGAUCUGGUUUCAGCGGAUUCUUCGUGGUAUAGCCAAGAUAUUGCCAAGGCAGAAGCGAGUUCCAAGCAGUAUCAGAACGUUCUGUUAUCUCAAGACAGCCAGGUAGGCACGCGAUCAUCGAUGCUCGAUUUGUUGUCUCAAGUCGGACCAGCAUCACAGCAAGCCAAAAUUGCAGCGGAGAUGUUGGACUUCGCUCGAGAUGCAACUGGCGAUGCACAGACAGCUUCAAUCUGGCUGAGCUUCGAGCUUCUCAAAGCGGCCCUGUCGCGCUCUGGCGACUUGGACGACCUGCUGGACUUCUCUUCGCUAAAUCCGGCAGGCGACGAGGCCGAUGCGGUCUUCCAGGAACUGUACACCUCUGCUGUUAUGGUUCUUGACUCCCACUCAGAGCUAUCUGAAUUAGACUGGAGGUUGGAGGCAACCGCACUCGAGGUCACUGCGUUUGCUGCGUCAAGAUCAGGAGAAGCCUUCAGGCCAGAGCUCAUUGACGUACUAUACCCCAUCACGACAUUUUUGGGCUCGACAAGUGAUCGGCUGAGAGGUCACGCUAUUACAACACUGAACAUUCUGGCCGCUUCCUGUGGGUACAAGAGCGUGUCCGACCUCGUCAUCGAGAAUGCCGACUACAUGAUCAAUUCAGUUUCUUUACGUCUCAACACGUUGGACAUUACACCGGCGUCCACGAAGGUCUUGGUGAUGAUGACUAGCUUGACUGGUCCGCGACUGCUUCCAUAUCUAGAUGACGUGGUGGCGUCCAUUUUUGCGGCAUUGGACAACUACCACGGGUAUCCCAUCUUCGUGGAGAGCCUAUUUUCAGUCCUCAAAGAGGUCGUCACCCAAGGCGCAAAAUCAGACAAACUCCUACUCGAAGGCCGACAGAAUGGCCCUGACAGCCACAAGAAAGUCGCCGCCAAGCCCACCACGAUCGCCGAUAUUAUCAACUUGCUGAGAAGGCGACAAGAACGGGAGAAGAGAGCAGAGGAAGAUGCAGACGUGGAAGAAUUCAAUUCAUCGCAUCCGCAACAGCCUUGGGGUCCGGAAAAGAUCCAAGGAGACAAAGGCCCCGAGGAUGUGGAUGAGGCGGAUAGCCAGAUUGACAAGGAGAAACCACCAAAGACGCCGACCUACGCGCUUCUCGAAAAGAUCACAACCUUGACCCAGCAUUACCUUACCUCUCCCAGUCCUACCCUGCGCAAAUCUUUGCUGGACCUCUUGACGACCGUGUCUCCUGCACUCUCGGGCGACGAGGACUCGUUCUUGCCCCUCAUCAAUGCCGUCUGGCCGGUUGUCAAAAGCAGAAUGUACGAUCAGGAAGCUUUCGUAGCCAUCUCAGCGUGCGACACUCUGUCUAUGCUAUGCGCCACUGCUGGAGACUUUUUGAGCUCCAGAAUCAAGACAGAAUGGUGGGACGGGCUGGGCAAAUGGUGCAGGGCCAAAAAGACGGAAGCACGCCGCUUCCAGAAUCAGAGCAGGUCUUAUCAAGAUACCAACAAGUCAGGCAAUACGGCAGCGUCUGCGAGUCAGGGAAUCAUCAUCCCCAUCCGCUCUGGCAACGAUCUGCUGGGCCAACAAUCUCUUGACGUGGCCACCAGCUCGGUAUCCGGCGGACUAGGCAAAUUUUCUCAGGCAGCACAGAUCUGGGAGGCUGCUAACCGCCUGUUGAUAGCAAUUGCGUCUCAUGUUCGCAUUGAGGAAGCAAUCUUCGAUGAGUUCCUGGAGCUUUUGGCAGACGACCUCGAGAAGAACCAUGAGGCAUGCCAAGCGUUGGAAGUGAUCAACCCUGACGCCGUCUGGUUUGUUCGGUAUCAGCAAGGGCAUAUCCAACCGCUGCAAACGCCCCAGCUCGAGGGUUACACAUUCGCCCCACUGCCUACGUUGGGCUGA